UGUAUGUGCAUGUCUGACUCAACAUGGCAGUACACACUGCAGACUUUGAUCUGAAACUACAGGAGACAAAGUAAAAUAAUAUGCUACCUUUGCCGGUGCACUGGGUGGGGAGAGAGUGAGAGUCACAAGUUCGCUUCGGUUGUAUACAAUGCGUACACGGAAGGGCACAGGGCGGUUUGUGAUGGCUGUGUCUCAGUGGAUGUUCUGUGCUGCAGUGCUGCUCCUCCUCAUCCAGGGGAUCCAGUGUUCUCCCGUUCCCCCUGCUUGUCCGGAGUCCUGCCUUUGUCAGAAAGGUCUGCUAAACUGUUCCUUCGCUGGCCUUUCCCAGGCCCAACAACAUGUUCCAUCCACUGUCACUGAACUAGAUCUAUCUCACAACCUCCUGAAGUCCAUUACCCCCUCAUGGUCAAGUUGGAGGCUUAAGAGUCUAUGGCUUGGACACAACAGCAUCACUCACCUGUCUCUGUGUGUGCGGAGGACCUGGAGGGGUAAACAUUGGAAAAUCCCCCUCUCACGUAGCCGAGGGAGAUGUGUGUCCUGGGCCCCAACUCUGCAGCUGCUCUCUGCUGAGAGGAACCAGCUAGAGAUGAUUCCUGAAGGCCUGGGAGGUAGUGAGUUCCUACAGGUGCUGCAGCUCUCCCACAACAGGAUUUCUGACCUGCGACCUGGAGACCUGAGCAGGUGCCCCCUUCUGAGAGAGAUCCAUCUGCAGCACAACCGUAUCUCCAACCUCCACCCACAGGCCUUGGGGGACAUGCCAGAGCUCAGGGUCCUGGAUCUGAGCUUCAACUUGUUGACCACGAUCACUCCAUCAGCCUACCUGUCGCUGCGUAACCUGAAUGCCCUGGUGGAGGUGAGUGGGAACAGGUGGAGGUGUGACUGCAGCCUGCGGAGCUUGAGGAGGAAGAUGGCCUACGACAGGGACAUGGCCCUGCAGCAGACCUGGAGGGGGGUGGUGUGUACAUCCCCCUCCACCCACGCAGGUAGAGACCUGCUACACCUGGAGGACAGUGACCUCACCUGCUCUACUGCUGAGAACAGGGCGGGGCUCCACCAGGAUGUGACAGUGGAUAAAGGGACGGAGAUCCUGCUGCCCUGUGGCUCUCCAAAGCAAGAUUCAACAUGGUGGACGCCCAAUGGACAAGUUCCUGGGAGCCAGGCAGGCCUGCUGAUCAGUGACAUCACAGAGCGAGACGCAGGACUGUACGUGUGUGUCUCUGGGCCUCACGAGGAGUUUGUGUCUGUAUUCAACCUGCUUGUUCACAAGGCACAGAGGAAAACUAGAGACACUAGGAGUUUACACAGGGAGCGGCUACAGAUUAACUCAGAGUUAGGCAGCAUCCAGGGGGAAGGUCAGGAGACAGACUUGAACUCUCUAGACCUCCACAGGGCUACCCAGAGAACACAGUCUGACUUGGUCCUGGCUGUCUGCCUGUCUGUGUUCAUCACCUUCCUGGUAGCAUUUGUAAUUGGUGCUCUGACCAGACCUCUCCUGGACGCUCUCUGGAGGAGGUGCUGUAGCUGCUGUAACCGUACCAAGCAAAGCGCCUCCCCACCACAAUCGGUCUCCUCUGCUGGGCAGUCCCCCUACGAUAACAAGGCCUAUUCAGAUGAGGAUGAGCGAGAGGAACUAGGGACACACAGGGAGAGGAGAGUGACAUUUAGUGGACAUCCUUCAGAACAAAGGGAUCAGAAUAGUAUUCCAUACUAUGAUACUGUGGCCAAUGGUAUGCAGGACAACCUCGCUGGGGAAUAUGAUGCAACAUAUGAGAAUGUUCAGGAGAGGGAUACCUCACACCCCUCCCUUGAGGUCUAUCACCCGCCUGAGGAGGAGAAGCCUAGGCCACGGGGCUCUGUCAGCUCAGGAAGCUUCCGACAUGACAACCCAGAGACAGACACUCACAGUGGAGACCUCUCUGAUAUGUCUCUGAGUGAACCACAAAGGGGAGCUUACCCAGUCCAUACCCACGGCAUGGAGUUUGAAUCCAUCCCCGACCCAGAACAGUUGCAGGGGUGUCGAAGCUCGUCUGUGUCUUCACACUCUGACCAGGAGAGUCCAGAUAAGGAUCAGGAUAUGGACUGGCCCAAAGACAAUUUGGCUCAGAGAUUGGAGGAGCGCAAGACCCGGAAUAAUUCCUGGGAGCCUCAAUCCCCCCAGAAGGAAGACGACUCCUUUGAGCGGAGUUCAGAUUUCCCUACAGUUAAACCAGUUGAUGUUCUACAGAUCAACAUUGGCAGAGUGGGUGAGAUCCCUGGAUUUACUUAUAGGAAAUCAAACAUGGCAGAUCCCAACCCCAUGGAUCCUGAGCUGUGGAAUGACAGCGGAGAGAGCUUUGAGUUCCCUGAUUCCAUCCAAGGUGCAUCGGCACGAUCCAGUAGUCAAGAUCUGUCAGGUUCUGCUUUUGCCGAUCAGUUGAGAAAAGACUAUGAACAAGCGUGGAAUAAAGAAACACUUGUGAAAGAAUGGAGGGAGAAUGAUGAGUCCAGCUCCAGCAACUCAAGUGACAGUGGGAAUGAACCUACAGAGUACACUGUGAACCCAGAGAUGGGGGUAGUGAAGGAGAAGGAGAUUGUCCAGGAUGCACUACUUACACAUGAUAGCACAACAGACCCUGCAGCAGCGAACCCCUAUCUCAAACAUGAUGUCAGUUUGGACAAGCAGCACUAUAAGGACCCAGUCAGUCCCUCUCCAGGUGAGGAUGGAUUUCAUGUAAGUGAACUGAGACAGGAAGUUCAACGCUCUCAUUUGUUUUCAGAACACUCUGAUUUGUCCAGUGAUAGUAGUGAUGAACCCACAAAGUCCACAGUGAACAAGGAUAGCGAUGAGGAAGAGGAGGAUGAAGCUCAAGUCCCAGCUGUGACACACAAAGGUCCAUCUCUCAGUCUUGGAGACAUUAAUGUAUCUUUGGCCUCAAGGAAAGCUCUCAAUAUUGGCUUCUCCAAGGAUGGUUUUCAAUAUCAACCAGAGCCUGAGACAAGGUCGCCUGGCUUGGAUCGAACCACCCAGAGUGCCAUCAGCACAAAGGAGCCCCUUCCCCAAACUUCAUUGCCCUCAGACGUGGCAAGGGUUGAAGACCCACCAGUUUCAGUCUACAUCCCCAGACUCAGUAAGCGUUUAGAUACUCAGCCUCCUCAGGAAGCUUCACCUGCUCCCGCAAAAACACCACCACCCUCUGAAUCCUCUUCCAGCAGUGAGAGUGAAGAUGAGACUACAGAUAACUCAAUGAAACUUGACAGAGAGGUCCCAGAUGUCUCACAGAAGAAUUCAUCUCUCAGUCUUGGAGAUAUUAAUGUCUCUUUGGCUCCAAGGAAAGCUCUCAAUAUCGGCUUUUCCAAGCAAGGUUACCAAUAUCAACCAGAGCCUGAAAAAAGGUUGACUGGCGUGGGUCUUUCUUUCCAGAGUGCCAUCACCCCAAAGGAGCCUUCAUUGCCCUCAGACGGGACAAGGGCUGGAGAGUCUCCAGCUCCAUUCUAUAUCCCCAGCCUCAGGAGAUGUCUGGAUAUUCAGCCUCCUCAGGACACUACACCUGCUCCACCACAAACACCACCACCCUCUGGUUCAUCCUCUUCUAGAAGUGAAAGUGAGGAUGAGACUACAAUGAAUCAAAAAAGAGAAGAGAAAGCUGUCCCAGAUUCAUCUUUCAUUCCCGCAGGCAUUGAUGUCUCUUUUGCACCAAGGAAAGCGCUCAAUAUUGGCUUCUCCAAGGAGGGUUUUCAAUAUCAAUCAGAGCCAAGUUUGACUGGCAUGGGUCUAACCUCCCAGAUUGCCAUCAGUACAAAGGAGCCCUUUCCCAAAUCUUCAAUUCCCUCAGAUGGGACAAGGGAUGAAGAGUCUCUAGUUCCACUCUAUAUCCCCAGUUUCAAGAGACAUGUGGGCAUUCAGCCUCCUCAGGAGACUCCACCUGCUGCCUCACAAACACCACCACCCUCUGGUUCAUCCUCUUCUGGAAGUGAGAGUAAGGAACUUGACAGAGAGGUCCCAGAUGUCACACAAAAGGAUCCAUUUCUCAGUCUUGGAGACAUUAAUGUCUCUAUAGCCCCAAGGAAAGCUCUCAAUAUCAGCUUCUCCAAGGAGGGUUUUCAAUAUCAACAAGAGCCUGAGACAAGGUUGCCUAGCUUGGAUCUCUCCUCUCAGAGUGAUAUCACCCCAAAGGAGCCUCUUCCCCAACAUCGAUUCCCAGAAGGGACAAGGACUGGAGAGACUCCACUAGAUAUCCCCAGCCUCAGGGGCCAUUUAGAUAUUCAGGCCACUCAGGAAACUCCACUUGCUGCCCCAGGGUCACGCCGACCUGCUGGUUCAUCCUAUUUUAACAGUGAAAGUGAGGAUGAGAUGACAAUGAAUCAAAAAAGAGAAGAGAAAUCUCAGGACUCCGAUUCAUCUUUCAUUCCCGCAGGCAUUGAUGUUUCUUUUGCACCAAGGAAAGCGCUCAAUAUUGGCUUCUCCAAGGAGGGUUUUCAGUAUCAAUCAGAGCCAAGUUUGACUGGCAUGGGUCUAACCUCCCAGAUUGCCAUCAGUACAAAGGAGCCCCUUCCCAAAUCUUCAAUUCCCUCAGAUGGGACAAGGGAUGAAGAGUCUCUUGUUCCACUCUAUAUCCCUAUUUUCAAGAGACAUGUGGAUAUUCAGCCUCAUCAGGAAACUCCACCUGCUUCCCUACGAACAUCGCAUAACUCUGAAUCAACCUCUUCCAGCAGUGAGAGUGAAGAUGAGACUACAAUGAACCAAAAAAGAGAAGAGGAGAAAGCUAAGGUCCCUGAUGUCACAUAUAAGUAUCCAUCUCUCAGUCCUAGAGACACACCCAUGAAUGUCUCUUUUGUUCCAAGGAAAGCUCUCAAUAUUGGCUUCUCCAAGGAGAAUUUUCAAAAUCAAUCAUCAGAGUCAAAGUAUGAGAGUAUAACCACCACAAAUGAUAGAGGUUUUCAGGAAGAUGCCAAGCCUGCUCCCAAAACAUCAAUAUUUUACUCCACCUCCUCAGACAGGGCGAGAACUGAGGAGCCACCAGUUCCACUCUACAUCCCUGGACUCUGGAGGCAUCAGAAUAUCCAGCCCUCUCAGGAUGCCACACUGGCCGAAUCAUCCUCUGCUAGCAGUGAGAAUGGAGAUGAGCUUACAGAACACACAAAGAAACCAGGGAGAGACGUCACAGAUUUCUCGCUCAGUCCUGGGGACACGCCUAUUAAUGUCUCCUUUGCCCCAAGAAGAGCUCUCAAUAUCAGCCUUUACAACUCAGCCAGUACCACAGAUGAGGUGGAGAGGAAGACCGGAGCAGAGGACAGGUGGGAAAGGCCAGGGCUUGGUGGUCUGAAGGCACUGUCAGAGACACAAAGGUGGGACACAAAGGACAGUUCUACAAACAUGAAUGUUUCUUUCUCUCAAAGGAGUGCUCUCAAUAUCAACUCAGACAGCAGAACAGAUGAGGUGGGCAGGAGAGCCAGAGCAGACUACAGCAGUCCCAUACUAGAGCGUACCAUUAGCAGAAAAGACAGAGGCUUUGAGGAAGAAACCAAUCCCUCUCCCCAACUGUAUUUACCAAAAACAUCAUCCCCUUUCUCCACUUCCACUGAUGAGGCGAGGCCUAUAGAGUCUCCACUCCAAAUCCCCCGCCAUAGGAGGCGUCUAGUUGUAGACAUUCAGCCCCACCUGGCUCCACCUAGUGCCCCAGGAACACCACCACCUUUCCCAGAGGGAGAAGAGGCAGCUGGUUCUGGAUGGAGGAGCAGGGGACAACAGAGGUGGAGAGCCAUAGAUGGAUUUGGCCGUACAUCCAUGACACAGGGAGAUGAAGGAGAGAAGAACUAUAUGGGGUUAUUGGCUGCUAAACCAUUCGGCACAGCUCGUCAGUACCAGAGCGUUACCCCAGAAACCAUUAUGGCCACACAGCAUAGUGAGAUCUCCGAGAGGGAUGGUUCUGACCUCACCUUCUCCACUGUAAGACACAGUGAGGCUUAAGACCGACUGUAUUUGUUUGUGCUGAUUUAAGAUAAGUUGCACUUAAUAUUGAGAAAAACGCAGCAGACGACAAAGAGAUUAGAAGUUGGAUUUUAUAUUUUAUUACAGAAUUAUACUGUUCUUACAUUGUUGUAAAAUAUGAGUAAUUUGUGGUGGAAAACCAGACACGUUUAUUGUAAUGAAAAUGGCUGUUUAUAUGACUUUGAAUGAUAUAAUAGACUGAGGGAUUGUAAAGGUAGGAGCAUUAAACACUGUUUGAAUUUCCCAGAUUCACAUCCUUACCUACCUUACUCGAUACACAAAUCCCCUUUUUUCUUUGCCACAAAAUAUAUAUCUUCAUGACACUGCCUCUCCACAUGAUGUGUAUGCACAGACUGGUCAUAGACUAGACGUAACAUGGCAAACGUAAAUCCGGGACCCUGAUAUUAGUAUGAUACACUAUAUAUACAAAAGGAUGUGGACACCCCUUAACAUGACUGUUUUCAGCUAUUUCAGUCACACCCAUUGCUGACAGGUGAAUAAAAUCGAGCAGACAGCCAUGUAAUCUCCAUAG